AUGACCUCGACACUCAACAGUAACCAGAACUUUGUUAUAAACAAACUCCGCACCGUUGAAGAAGCCCCGUUCAACUCUAGUGCGAAUCAGCACGACCCGAUCUGUCUAAAAGAAACGCGUCGUGAGCUACUGCAGGAUAUUGAUCAAUGGGCCAAGGGCCCAAUAACCGGCAAACAUAUAUACUGGCUCGAAGGAAAGGCCGGAACUGGCAAGUCAACAAUUGCUCGGACCGUGGCUGGCACGCUUAACGAGCGUGGUCUUCUUGGAGCCAGUUUCUUCUUCAAAAGAAAUGAAUCUGGUCGUGCUAAUGCUGGGUAUCUCUUCUCAACCAUUGCUGCCCAGCUUGCGCGGAGACUGCCCGCCGCUGCCGAGCACAUGCGAAAUGCCAUUGAAUGUGAACCCGAGAUCGCUACCAUGGCAUUUCAAGCACAGUUAAGAGAACUAGUCGUGAGGCCGAUGCUCAAGACUAUCCCGGCUGGAAUUAACAGGACCAUGACCGUUGUAAUCGAUGCACUCGACGAAUGCGACAGACCCGACGACAUCAUAACGGUUAUCAAGUUACUGCUACAGACCGACCUUCUGACCGUAGCUCCUUUGAAAUUCUUCAUCACUAGUCGAGAUAAGUUUCCUAUUCGGACUGAUCGCCAGGGGGGCCAAUGCCGAUCCAUCCAGUUUCUUGUUGACAAGAUUCCAACAUCAAUUGUUGAGCGGGACAUCGCAAACUUUCUGAGCAUUCGAUUGGAUGAUAUCCGGGAGAAGUUCGACAUGACAUCCAGUUGGCCAGAUCAACGACAGUUCCAGACGCUGCUGAAGAAAUCCGUUCCGCUAUUCAUUUUUGCUGCCACUGCCUGCCGCUUUAUUGAGGACCGCCGCCAAAGUGGCGGAGUACAGGGUCGCCUGCAGAAAAUAUUGCAAAACGAGCACCAUGGGCAGUUCAAUCAAAUAUACCUGCCUAUUUUGAAUCAAAUGAUUUCAGAACUUUCAGACUCUGCAACUCGAGAGGCACUUAGGGAAUUUAACUUGAUUGUUGGUUCGAUAGUCACUCUCGCAGAUCCUCUGGGAGCUGCACCACUGGCGAGGCUCUUGGGUAUUACCACGGACUGUGUCGAUGAUAGAUUAUCCCUACUGCAUUCCGUUCUGGACAUUCCACGCGAUGCCUUUAGUCCUGUGAGAAUAUUUCAUGAAUCGUUCCGUGACUUCCUCGUUCAAGUUGACUCCGUGGACGGUCAGAAAUUCCAGAUUGAUGAGACGGCUACCCACAAGAUACUUGCAGACAGAUGCAUUUGGCUACUCGACGAAGGCGGCGUCUUAAAAAAAGACAUUUGUGACCUUAGAGAAGCGGGAAAAUUGCGUACUACCAUUGACCAGGAAGUUAUUGACGAUAACCUGCCAUCAGAGGCUCAAUAUGCCUGCCUUUAUUGGGUACAUCACGUCAAAGGUAGCGCGGUAAUGUUGAGUUAUGGGCACCGAGUGCUCCAAUUUCUCCAAAAUCACCUGCUCCACUGGUUUGAGGCCCUUAGCCUGUUGGGAAAGAUCUCGGAGAGUAUCAACCUUUUAGGCGAAUUACAGGUUCUGUUUAGUGCCGACCACAAUUCUUCAAUCUCCGACUUUCUGUAUGAUGCAAAACGCUUUAUUCUUCAAAAUCGCCAAAUGGCCGAUCAUGCACCUCUCCAGCUUUAUUCCUCAGGAUUAGUAUUCGCACCAAAAACAUCGGUUGUACGAAGAAACUUCCAAGGAGAAUUUCCUAGUUGGGUGUGUCAGCUACCGGAAGUCCUGGAUGGCUGGAGUUCAGUGUUGCAAAAUCUCGACGGCCAUUCAAAAUCAAUUGGAUCGGUUGCCUUUUCACCGAACGGGCUGAUUCUAGCAUCAGCCGCCUAUGAACAGACAGUACGGCUCUGGGACACUUCAACAGGAACUUUGAAACAGGCUCUGAAGAGCUCAUACAGAAUGAAGUCGGUCGCUUUCUCGCCCGAUGGGCUGAUACUUGGAGCUGGGAGCUGCGAUGCCGUGGUAUUAUGGUUCUGGGAAAUCGCAACAGGUGUUUUGCAACGCACUCUCGAGGCGCCAAGUCGCGAGGGCUGGUCGGCUUCUGUUAACUCAAUUGCCUUCGCUGAUCAACGGAUACUGGCAUCUGGCUGCAAUGAUGGAAUUCGAAUCUGGGAUACUGCGACGGGCGCUCUGCAACACAUUAUUGAUGGCCACUCCCAUUGCGUCAAUCAAGUAGUCUUCUCAUCUGACGACUGCCAUAUGCUGGCAUCUGCCUCCGCCGACAAGACAGUACGGCUCUGGGACACUAGAACGGGAGCUCUGAAACAGAUCCUUGAGGGUCAUUCAGAUGACGUGCGAUCAGUGGCAUUCUCCCCUUGUGGCCACAUAGUAGCUUCCGGUUCUGAAGAUAAGACAGUGCGACUCUGGGACGCUGUGAGCGGUACCCUGAAAUCGACCUUUGACCACCCAUCUUUCGUCGAUUCAGUAUCAUUUUCGGCGGAUGGCCGAACAUUGGCAUCUAGUUGCGGCGAGAAGGACGUCCAGCUCUGGGAUACUAAUACUUGUUCUCUUCAGCAUACUCUGAGGGGCAAUGCCAGCCACGUUAAAUCGGUGCCAGAUGCUAGCAUCUUCCGCUAUGGGCAAUACGUCUCUCGAGAGAUCAUGUCUUCCUCCUUUGCUACUGCCUUUCCCCCUAACGGCCAGACAUUGGCAUCGGCAUGGGUAUCUCCCUUUGGUCACAAGACGAUACAGCUCUGGGAUAUGGCAAAAGGCAAGUUAAUUUGGAGUUGCACUAGAGUUGAAAGGAAAACAUUGGCAUUCGAACUAUAUUUCUCCCCUAAUAGUCAGAUGCUAGUGUCUGUCUUUCGGGAUGACAGGAUGGAGCUCUGGGAUCUUAAAACUGGUACAGCUACCCUACGAGCUACUCUCAAUGCCUAUUGCGACGCAGACUACACAAUACAAUUCUCACCCAAUAAUGAGACAAUCGCAUGCUGUACGGAUGAGAAGACAAUUGGGAUCUAUGAUACGAAAAUGGGGACUCUACAGCGCACCCUGGAGGGUCAUUCGAGUCAAGUCAUCUCAGUGGCAUUCUCGCCCAAUAGCCAGAUUUUAGCAUCGGCUUCUAAAGACAAGUCGGUGCGGCUCUGGGAUAUUGCAACAGGAGCCCUCAAUAUCAUAAUCAAUGGGUGUUCAUACUUCAGAGGCUCUUUAGCAUUUUCGCCUACUGGCCAGGUUUUGCUAUCUAGUUCCGUUGACAAUACGACUCAGCUAUGGGAUGCUGCAAGUGGUGCUUUGAAAUGCACUAUUGAUGACCUAUCUGGAACCGGAGGCAAAACAGCCGUGUCACAUGCAAAGGCCCUGUCACAUAAUGGUCAAAUGCUGGCAUGCUGCUUUGAUAACACAAUACGACUGUGGGAUGCUGAAACAGCCACUUUGCGGCAGACUUGGACUUUCGUGGGAUUUUUGCAAUUUUUAGAGUUUUCACUGGAUGACCUGUCCUUGAAGACGGAUUUGGGUUCCUUCGAUAUUGAAUCUAAGUGUGGUACAGGUUCAUCUCGUGCGGAGCGGAAGUUGGCAGUCUCUCUCCAGGAUGAGCAGUGGGUAGCAUUGAACGGUGAACGCGUACUGUUUCUCCCCGCUGAAGCUCGGACAGACCAAUGGGUAGCUCGGGACCGAAAGAUUGCGCUAGGACUGAGUUUUGGCGAAUUUCUUUUUAUGGAAUUCAAUGGACAGUCCAGCUAUCAAUGA